AUGUCUGGGGACACGUGCCUGACCACCAUCUGCCGAUCUUCAGGAGCCAAGCCCAAAACCUGCAGCUUCAAAGAGGGUAGCCUGGGCAACAAGUAUGUGCGGCUCAACGUUGGGGGCUCCUUGUACUACACCACAGUGCAGGUGCUGACCAGGCAUGACACCAUGCUGAAGGCCAUGUUCAGUGGCAGGAUGGAAGUACUGACUGACAAGGAAGGGUGGAUCCUUAUAGACCGUUGUGGGAAACACUUUGGUGUGAUUUUAAAUUACCUCCGAGACGACACUAUCGCGCUUCCAAAAAACAGGCAGGAGAUCAAAGAGCUGAUGGCAGAAGCGAAAUAUUACCUAAUUCAGGGCUUAGUAGACAUGUGCCAGGCAGCUCUCCAGGACAAGAAAGACUCGUACGAGCCCGUCUGUAACAUCCCCAUCAUCACGUCUCCAAAGGAAGAAGAGAGGCUCAUCGAAUCCUCCAUGAAACCUGUUGUCAAGCUGCUUUAUAACAGGAGCAACAACAAAUAUUCCUACACCAGUAACUCGGACGAUAACUUACUGAAGAACAUCGAACUGUUCGAUAAACUUUCUCUCCGCUUCAACGGCCGAGUCCUCUUCAUUAAGGAUGUUAUAGGGGAUGAAAUCUGCUGCUGGUCUUUCUACGGACAGGGGCGGAAGCUCGCUGAGGUCUGUUGCACCUCGAUAGUGUACGCCACGGAAAAGAAACAAACCAAGGUUGAGUUCCCCGAAGCGCGUAUCUACGAGGAGACACUAAACGUUUUACUUUAUGAAACUCCACGUGUACCUGACAACUCCCUGCUGGAGGCGACGAGCCGGAACCGAAGCCAGGCAUCUCACAGCGAGGACGAUGAGGGCUUUGAACUGCGCGACCGAGUGCGCCGCAUCCACGUGAAGAGAUACAGCACUUACGACGACCGGCAGCUUGGCCACUAG